GAUUUUGUUCUUCCUGUCUGGAUGAAAAUUUUUCCAUUGUUAUUUUAGGACGUGAUAGCGAGUUCUGGCCACUCCUUAAUUGUCUUCUUAUAUUAUUAAAACGUCUCAAGUCACGUAUCUGGCAGCACAUCAACAUCGGGAACCACGCUGACCUCUUCUGCUUGGUUGCACUACAUCCUGCCUAUCUUAACGAAGUCAAGAGAUUGCCUGGCUAUAACGGGAAAGAUGUUGAAAUAACUUAUGAAUGUACAGCUUCAUCUGGUCAAGGCCUUGCUUACAGGGAAGGUCAAACGCAAAGGUAUAUGUAUAAACGUUUCGUAUCUUUAUCAUUUAUAGACCUACCCUGGUUCCAGAGGUUUAUUUUUAUUAUUUUCAUUGCGAAGGCGAGAGGAAAAAUAAACCUCUGGUUGAAAGCGGCAAUAUAGACCUUUCCCCUUUUGGGUGAAAUUUUGAUCUAGACAAGUCUAGACAAAAAUUUUAUCACGGCUUGAAAGAACAUCACAAAAUUAGUAAUAUUCCGAAGUUUCGUUGCGAAAUGUUGUAAAAUGCGGAUAAUAUAGCCUUGCGAAGUUUGCCGUUUUUCAGUCAUUUUGUAUUACAAACGGGAAAUUGAUAAUCAGAUGAUCAAACUGCACUCAAGAGGAAACUAUUACGUUGUCUCAACAUUACGAACGUGCAGAUUAGGACGAGAGUAACAACAACUAAACUAAACUUAAUUGUUUUUGUUUGUGGAAACACCACGUAAAUUUAUUACUGCAAAGCUUUCGAUCCGUAAGCCCGGAUCUUCAGUUAUUUAAUUAAUUAACGUGCGCUCAAUGAAAGAACUACGUGAACUGCUUCAUCGCGAAUAAACGCUAUUGAUUGCUUACGCACUUUUUUGCUCACGCGCCGCUUGUAAUAUAACGACAUAUCUUGCAAAACAUUGCUGAAGAUGAAUCUGAUUUAGAUUCGAAAUAUACAGUUCAAGUUAAUAAAUUGUGUGUUAAUAUUACGCACUCCUUAUUCGGAAUAACUCUUGUUUUAUUUUUGCUGAAAUUAUCAGCCGGAAAAGAAAACUGAUUACCAAUUUCCCAUUUGUAAUACAAAAUGACUGAAAAACGGCAAACUUCGCAAGGCUAUAUUAUCCGCAUUUUACAACCUUUUGCAACGAAACGUCGGAAUAUUACUAAUUUUGUGAUGCUCUUUCAAGCUGUGAUGAAAUUUUUGUCCAGGCUUGUCUAGAUCAAAAUUUCACUCAUAAGGGGAAAGGUCCAUUGAUUCAUUGAGCCGCGCCAAUCAGUUUGAAUUAGGGUCAGAUCCUGACUCUGUCUCCUGAUUGGAUGAUUGUAUUAAAGCUCUCUGAUUGGUUCAAAUAGAACAUCUAUAACCAAUCAGAGAGCUUUAAUACAAUCAUCCAAUCAGGAGACAGAGUCAGGGUCUGACCCUACAUGUAAUUCAAACUGAUUGGCGCAGCUCAAUGAAUCAAUUGCCGCUUUCAACCAGAGGUUUAUUUUUCCUCUCCCCUUCGCAAUGAAAAUAAUAAAAAUAAACCUCUGGAACCAAGGUAGGUGGAACAACGGGCGAAAUAUUACUCGAAAUGAUCAUAUAAAUAUCAUCACAAUUUCACGUUUUUCCAAUUUCCAAUUGUAUUGAUAUAACUGUUACUAUAUCAACACGGAAAAUGUUUAAUUUAUAUUUGUUAAAUAAAUAACAAAUGUUUUCGGAUUCUAUGAAAAGCUACAGUAUGUACACAUCGUGCCAAACAAUAUCAAGAUAAUGAUUAAGAAUAACGAUAAUUACGAUAUAUCGUUGCUCAUGUUUCUACCUUCGAUACGAUAAUCAUGAGUGAAAAUAUCCGUUAUAGAGGAUAGUACACGCCGGCGCGAAGAUAUGACUUAUCGGUGACCCCCGUUUUUUAAUUGAUAAUUUAUUUUUUUAAUGUAUUUUACAUUUCAUAUCCGAAAUUAAAAGAAAAAUCAUUUCUGGAUCUUAAAAAAAAAUGCUUUAUCAAUGUAUGUUCUCAAAGAAAGAUAUGUAGAUAUAUAUAUAUGUAGAAAGAUAUGUAGAUAUGUAUAUUGUGAUUGUGAUAUCUUCUUAACGAGUUCGGUAACCCCUACUUUUUUGUGUGAUUUUACUUUAAAGUGGAAGCCAAGUCCGUUCUGCGCAUCGGUCCUGCUCAUAACAAUGUGCCGACCUCUAAUGUGAACAUUGCCCAAAUUUCGAAUGUUUCGAAUUUUUCUGAACAUAAACUCUAUUUCAUAUUCAUUUAGAAGCAUAGCAAACCAAAAUGGUGUUAGAUUUUCAGACAGUACAUCAUAUUUUAAAAAUACAGCAGUUCAAAAUGUAAACAAGCCGUUUGUUUACAUUACGGACUUGACUUCCACUUUAAGUAUAUCAUAAACUUCAUGAAGUUUCAGCACAUUCUCAUUUCGAGAACAAUUACUGCGGAAUUACCUUAAAUAUUAGUUUAAAAGUGUGCAUUGUUGUUUUAGGCUUUCAGAUAAAUUUGGCACAAAAUCAGCCGCAUCAUUUAGAAUUCUGAUGUUCAGCUGGUUUAAACGUUUCUUGAAAUCUGUCGUUGCGUUCGGUGACACUGCGAAGGAAGUCGUUAAAAUUGUCUUUAAAUACUUCAAUAGUCUGAGAGGUAAAAUAUCAAUGUUGAAUAAUUAAAAUUACUAACAUUGGCACUGAUUUGAUGUCAGUGUUAGUCAAACUUAAUCUUCGUUCAGUUAUACAAUUGGGUUGUCGUUCAUAUAUGUUUUGCCAGUGAAACAUAACUACAAUGCACAAGAUUGGGUAAUACCAGUAAAGUGAAGCCUCGCGCACAGAAUGGAGACAAACAGAAGAUCGACUUCUUGAUUUUUCCUAUGAUUUUGGCGUAACCGUAAUUCGUCAUCAAAAUGCUGACGCCAUGGUCCUACCAGUGCGCUUAGAGGCAUUCACCCCCCUGACAAUAUUCAAAAUGGUAGAUGUCCACGGGGUGAAUGUCUGUCAUAAGCACACCGGCUAGGACCAUGGCGUCAGCAUUUUGAUAACAAAUCAUUGCGAAUCAUGGCGUGGCAGCGGUUACGCUUUUUCGGCUGAGUCGACCUUCUGUGUGUCUUUAUUCUGUGCCUCGCGUGAGCAACGCGUACAGUAAGCAGUGGCGUCAGCCCUCAGCCCAUUCUCGUACCCAGAGCCCUUCUUACGCACGGUGCGACGAGGGGCUCUGGCCAAAUCCAUAACCGGAUACCAUAAAAACAUGGUAAGAAAACAAUAUCCGGUGUUAGAACUAGCCAAUCAGAUGCCAGUUCGGAUAUGGAUUUGGCCAGAGUCCCUCGUCGCACCGCGCGUAAGAAGGGCUCUGGGUACGAGAAUGCCCUCAGGAAUUUCCACGUUAUAUAGUCAGUCAGUUUCAGUCCCCCACAAUUUUUGCACUGCGUGGUCAGUGCGUUAAUGUCAGUUUGCAUUGUGUUUUUUUUUUUCGAAAACAAGUUUAAGAACAAUACUUUAAAGCAAAGUUAUUUGAAAUUUCCGUUUUUUUGAAACUCGCAAAAGUUAGUUUGUGAAAAGGUUUGAUAAAAAUAAGAUACACGAGGGAAGAAGCUAUCGUGCGGGAGGGCUAUAUUGAGCUCACUGGUUAAGUCGUGUAAGGAAAAUUUUCCUUGAUAAUGCGCCGAUGAGAUGGAGUCGAACUACUGCUUUGAGUAGGGAUGACGGUGCUUUUUUGCCAGAAGAGUAUAUCCAUCUUGUUGGCAGUUAACGUCAUCCUAUGGGUAUAUAAGAGCCACAUUGAAACACUAGAUUGGAGUGUCGAAACAUUGGGUCGUGAAUACAGCAAUGGACCUAUUACCUAAUGAGCAAAAUUUUGAUCUAGACAUUGAUACGGUACCGCUUUUUGAAAAAGGGUAUCAAUUUCCCGCGCAUGAUACAAAAUGACUGAAAAAAGGCAAACUUUGCAGGGCUAUAUUAUCCACAUUUUACAACAUUUUGUAACGAAACUUCGGAAUAUUACUAAUUUUGUGAUGCUCUUUCAAGCUGUGAUGAAAUUGUUGUCUAGACUUGUCUAGAUCAAUAUUAUGUUCAUAAGGUAAUAUGUCCAUUCGACUGGGCUUUGCAUUUAUAAAUUAAAAAAAAAAACAGAGUAGCGAAUGAAAACAUGAUAUAAGUUAAACAUGAUAUAGAUAGAAUGAAAACUGUGGACGGUCGAGAGUCAGCCCCGAGUUAAUUCAGCAUCAGAGUUUUCCUUAAAGUUUUAUGAGAAGAAUAUUGUAGUAUAGUUAUUUAUCAAUUUAUUAUGUUUUUAGAUGAACUUGAAAUCCCUAGUGAAGGAUACGACAAUGCAAUGGUGGCCAUGAUACGUUGUUUGGAAUUUCUGUUAAAGAAUUCUUUACAAUCCUUUCUUAAUUUUGCCGCCAAAUGUUGGAUACCCGGUCUUGUAGAGAUUUUAAAACUCGACAGAGUCGAGGUGAGUACUGGUUCUUACCAAACAAUUCUAACGUCGGUUUAGUGAUAGCCCGAUUUUGGGUGAAAGUUCAAGGAACUUCCCUUUGGCGUAAAAAAAAUACCUGUGGUUCCGGUUCCCGACCGACCCUAUUUUUUCUGCCGACCCUAUUAUUUUUUCAACGCGAUUGACCGUGCGACCCUAUUUUCUCCGGGUGGUUGCGGGCUGCUCAUACAGCGUGCCAAAAUGGCGUCUGUUGUCACACUAAUUAUUGAACCAAAUUGCCUAAAUUCGUCCAUAGGAAAUACGCAUCUCUAGUUAAUAUUGAUGUCGAGACUCUACUGCAAAUCGCCCAGCAAAAAACCGCUAAAACUAUGAAAAAAAAUAUUUAAAAAAAACUUAUUUCCGACCUACCGAUGCUAAUUUUUUGACGCCGAUAUGAAACCGGAACCACAGGUAUUUUUUUCACGCCUUAGCUUGAAAAAUGUCAAAUGACGAAUCAAAGUCAAAAGUUGACUUUGAAUUUUCAUGUUUAUUACUCGGGUUCUACACUUCGCAACGAGGUUCUUUAUCAAUUACCCCCUGCCUCGUACCCAGGCUUCUUUUUGUGAAAAACAGCAAUGCGCAUAUGACGAGUUUACAUGAAGUAUUGUAGUGGCGAGAGAAGGGCGAAGGGGCUGAUGAGAAGAGUGCACUUGACGCAUCCCUUCCCAACAGCCCCUUCGCGCGUCGCCUGCCUCGUGUAUUAUAAUUAUUUAAAGUGCCUAGGCAGAAUUAUCCCGGGUACGAGGCAGAAUUACCCCGUUAUCUCGAACUCUAAUCACUUCGACCUCAAUUCGGAGCGUAAACAUGCACACAAAACGGAUUAUAAUAAAGAAUAUCACGAUUUUGUUAGCAUUUCACUCCAUUGAAUAAUACAGUAGUUGAAGGGUAUUGUAUAGGUGGAAAUUAUCGAGUGGAAAUUUCUAGAGUAGAGAUCAUCAUUUUCGGUAGAGAUCAUAUUUUCGAAAAUAGCAGAAUAUAUAAAUAGUCAUCAGGCUCAUUUGUCUACAAAUUAUUUUGUUUGCUUAUAUUUAAUCAUUUAUCUAGUCAUAAUCAUAGUUUUACACAAAGAACAGUUGAAUAAAAUAUUAAAAACGUACAUUAUUCUGACAUGGCAGCUACGGCUGAAGAAAGACGAAAACGCCUUGAUGCGUUUGUUUCUCGCGAAACACAUGUAGCUCGCGGGUGAUCCCGCGAGGCACGUUUGAUCACACGUGACAGUUACUCAUAAACAAUGGCGGCGCGAGAAACGCUUGAACUUGAUGAGGAAAAUCCAGCGUCGCUGAUUGAGAUAAAAUAUUUUUUUUAAAUAAAAUUUUUUUCCGACCUACCUACCCAUAUAAAACAUGGUUGUGAAACCUGAAACCAACUAUUAUUUUUAUUUGGCCUUUACUAGACCUAGGUUAACUAGAAAACUUUAACCCGAAUGUUUUUUGAGUGUACGCUUAUUUUUUUCUGCUGUAUAUUUAGCCAUCACUUUGUCAAAGGGAGGCGAUCUCGUUCUGUAAGUUGUUUUUAAAGAACAGACAAGAAAGUCAUGAAGACGUCAGCAGUUUGAUCGCGUGGAUUGAAGAGAUGAGUGAAAAGAAUGUCAAAAAUGAUUCACGGAAUCUUGGCCGUCUGGAAGAGUUGUUGUUCUCACAUUUUAGGGUAAGAUUAUUCUUUCUCCUGACUUUUACGAAGUGAUAAUUUUAUCACUUGAUGAUACCCUAACUAUGACCGCGCUCUCGCAUAGAUGAUAUCAGGGCGCUUAUAUAGAGGGCGGUGAAACGCGCUGAUGUCGCGCUGAUCGAUGUGUGAUGCGGAAAAGGACUGGCACGAGCGUGCUUUUCGGCAAAAGUUGACAAGGAGCGUGAUUUUUCCUGUUGUUGUAUUUUUGCUGUUUUUUCAUUAACUACGAAAUUCUUGAGGAUGUUUUUGCACUGUAACGACGAAGUAGUAACUAGUGUAUCGUACGAAUGCUUGUUUGGCCUGUAUAGAUGAAUUUUGAAAGAAAUAUUGAGGAUAAUGAGUCGGGCUUUUGAUGACUUCAAUGAAGGGAAAUUUUCAAAACAGCAUUUGGGCAUGUUAUCAAGUCGUCCAAACUUCGAAAUUCAGUUGAUGGUAAAGAUUAUAAUUAUGUGCUUAUCUCCAAAAGUUUUCAUAAGACUCGGAGUUGAGCAAUUGAAUACACAGCGUUGGAAAGUGAGGUAUUUUUGUGUGUUAAAUUUUGCCUAAUUAGACCAUUAUUUCGCUGCAAAAAAAAUAAACAACAAUUGUAUUUUGGCCAUGUCAUGAUUUUUGGUUAUUAUGUUAAUAAUUUUGUACGACUUUUAAGGCAUUCAAUUGAAGUAAUUCUGAGCCGUAAACAUAUUUUACUUCUUGGCCUUUGAAUCAAAAUACGACUCGCUCGGACGUUUGUUGAGCGCAAUAGUCGAAAAGGUUUCGUCCCAACUUUGAUUUUUUUUGACCGGCUGGCCAAGACAACUUCUCGUAAGGAUUCGUUAAAAAUAUACAAAUUCAAGUUGAGCAUUUCUUGAUUUUCAACUGAAAAGAUCAACUAGUGGCUAAAAUUAAUUGUGAAUUGUAUUCUAUCGAACGUGAACGAUACGUGUACAUCCGAAGAGUUUUAAAAACCUUUCACGUCAUGCUUCUUUCGAAAGCAACCGUUCGUAAGCUUUCGCAAGCGUUUUGAGCAAAAACUCUAAAAUAUUGGCAGUAUUACCUGAAAAUACAAUAGCAGAAUCUACUAAAUUAUCGUAUAACAUCGGAAUUUUACCCCCAAUAUAUAUUUCUUCAUCAAAACUUGACUACAAAACAGUCAAAACUUCCAGCUCAGUUUUCCCGCCAUAUUUAUCCUUGCCAUAUAAGACAACGUCGCCAUAGUAACCACAACAAACUCGUUACCAGUUCAUUGCAUCACACAUUGAUCGGCGCGCCUAUAGCCGUUUCACCGCCCUAUAUAUAAGCGCCCUGGAUGAUAUGGAACUUACGUAAGCAAAUCGACAAACGCAAAGACGACGGCUCUGAAUACAGUGACAUGAAGCAGUGUACAUGAGACCUGAGUUAAUAGACCUAUCGCAAAACCCCAAAAUGCGCGAUUUAAACGCACUGGUUUUUAACUUGGUGUUUCGCAGGUUUUUAUGUGGAAUUCAUCAAUUAAGUGUAAAUGAUCGCAACUUCACGUUUCUCAUUUGAAAGACCGUUUGAAAAUAUUUAUAAAAACUUGUCACAGAUUUUUCAUAUAUUGCUUUUUUCAAACAGUUUGUAUAUGACAUAUCGUCUUAUUUCUCUCUUUUGACACACGUAAUAAAACCUAAUUGUUAAAUGUUGUAUUUUUCAGUUUGGUGUCAAAAACUCAAGAGGCUGAGAAUCAGCGAAAUAUAUUUCUUAAUAUGCCAUACUUUGAGUCUUUUAGUUUUUAAUUAUACAUUUUGACAAUUUUACAAUUAACAAUUAGGUUUUAUCAAGAACUCUUUCCUUGCUUCGGCGAAUAAAAUUGUCGAGAAACAUAUCUUGCUUGAUUCUUGAAAUAUUUCGACUGAAAACAAUGUGGUGUCCGCCAUCUUGGAUUAUUCAGGAUAUGCGUAUUACGUCACAAAUGGGGUCACGCAAGUUUUUUAUCUUGACAGGCAGUGAUCAAUGUGAACCCGAAACCAUAGGAAUCACAAUAAAUAUAGUUGUAACAAAUAAAAAGCGUUAAAUUUGUUUAAUUUUGAAUAAAUUUGCAUGGUAUUACCGUGCUUUGACUGUUUUCAAUCUUGCGCUGUGAAUUCAGUGAUGUAGUAAAUCGCGUAUACGAAGCAUUAAGUUAUAGUUAUUGAGUAUACGAAGCAUAAGAUAUAGUUAUAGUCAAUAACUAUAACUUAUGCUUCGUAUACGCGAUUUACUACGUCACUGAAUUCACAGCGCAAGAUUGAAAACAGUCAAAGCACGGUAAUACAAUGCAAAUUUAUUCAAAAUUAGACAAAUUUAACGCUUUUUAUUUGUUACAGCUAUAUUUAUUGGGAUUCCUAUGCCGAGACUUGUUUUUCAGAUUUCGAAUUGAAUAAAAACAUUUUAAACUAGAGGGCACUCAGAGACUGCAUACCUCCGCCCCCAUUGAAUUUCGGUCGUGUGAAAUGCAACUAAGACAAUAGAUAAUGAAGGCUGAAGCUUAGUGAGAUUUAUCAUCUCACUAUUGUCUUAGUACUGCGUGCAUACAUUAUACACGUCCUAAUUACGCAUUCAGUGAGUUUUUUUUAAUUGACCGGGAAAAGCAAGGCAAAAUUUUGUUCAUUUCUCGUUCAAUUUUUAACCAAAUUCAACCAAAUUUUAAUCAGUUCUUCCUUAGCUGAUGGGAAAUGCAUUCAAAAAUUUUCGUGUGAAUAGGUUUGGUAUUUCAUGAGUUAUCGUGCUCACAGACAAACACACACACAUACAUACACACACACAAACACACACACAUACACAUACACACACACAUACACACACACACACACACACACACACACACACACACACACACACACACACACACACAUACAAGCCCAUAUGAUUACAUAACCUCCUGGCGGAGGUAACAACUUUAUAACAAUGGUUAACGAGGUUAAGAAUUAAUCCAAGAUGGCGGCCAGCUCAUUGCUUUUUCACAGUUUCAGUCAAAAUAUUGUUAAGCUUGAUAUGAGAAAUCAGCAAACAAGAUUUUUUAGAUAAUUUUAAACGUUUAUUCAAAUGAGAAAAUAACAUUUUUUGUCGCCAUUUUCUUUUAAACAUUCAGUUGUUUUUUUUUUUAAUUUUCUUCAUUUUGUCAUUAGGAUUUUCCUCCAAUUACACGACAUUUUGAUCAAGAUAAACGAACAAUACUUCUGCCGAGCAAAAAGUCCAGGUAUGUUUGGGUAGAAAGUUAACUCUUUUUGGUAGUUCUACUGUGGUUAUUGUCAAUUUCAAGUCACUUUUCAACGCACGGCUUCCAAGUUCUUUGCGAACUUGCUAUAUGCAAUUACGUUUCCAAGUUUGGAAAAUGGGCGCCAACUUCGCAACAAAGUUUGCAAGUUCAUUUCAAUGUUUGAACUUUGUUUGUAAACAAAUGUUCACAACCAAUAAUAAUAACCAAUUCAUUGAAAUACAAACCUUCUUGGUAGAUCACUGGACCAAGAACUUUCCAUUGGCAUUGAAUUGUUAAUUCAGUAGUUUCAACUUGAUCUAUAAACAUUUGUUUACAAGAGAAGUUCAAACAUUGAAAUGAACUUGCGAACUUUUUUGCGACGUUUACGCCUAAUUUCCAAACUUGGAAACGUAUUUGGCAAGUUUGCAACGAACUUGAGACCAGCACGUUAAAAAGUGACUUGAAAUCGAUAAUAAAUAACAUCGAUUUUAUCAUAUAAGCAAAGUUAACGGUAGAUGCAUUGUGACGGUUUUGACUUUUCAAUUCCAGCACAUUCUUUUUGUUCUUAUAUCUCCGCUAAUUAUUUUGCUUUCUUGCUUCAGAGUACGAUAUAUAACAACAUAACAAUAUAACUUAUCAUGAGCCAAAUUAUGCAAAAUAUUAAGUCGAGACUUCAAUAUUGGGCGAAACGGAAAGUUGGGGGUAGGGCAUCGGGUGGAAUAAGCCUCGUCGAAUAUAAACCCUUCCAUUUAUACACAACUAAAGUUUUUAUUUUGUCCUGUAAUUUAGAAGAAAAUUACGUGAUUCUUCUCUUACAUCGCCGUUGUUGGAUGGUAAGGUGUGCUUGAAAAAGCUGAACGUCGGGAAAACAAGUGAGAAAAUUAAGUUGAUAAUUAUUGUUUGGAUAGUCGUGAUAAUAUUUCUUCCGAAACUAAUUUCAACCGCAAUAAUCGCUGCCGCCUUAUAGAAUGUUUAAAGAGACUAGUUUUGGUGCAUACAGGUGUAUAAAAAAAACUGCACAGUUCGAAAAUGUUCGCUAAACUUCACAUUCCGCAAAAUUUGUGAAAACUUUAUGCAAGCAUAUGGGUAUGUAGUUUGGGGUUUGCUAGUAUCUUUACCACUGAAAUUAUUUUGAAAAGUAAAUUUCGGUUUUACAAAAUAGGAAAUAUAUAGAUAAUGCCACUGAUAAGGAUAAGACGAUACCGAUUAACGGUCAAUCACUAGUAACAUGGAUAAUAAAAUAAAUGGAUUGGAAACUUCUGACGUCAUUGACUGCAUCCUUGUUGAAAAACGUGACGUCACGCGUAUUGCGAAUGUUACCAAAGUUAUCGGCAUAUUUGUUGUUUUGCUAUAUUUUCCACUUUAAAAAGGUGAUCUUGAAGCGUAAACUGGUCUAAUUGUUUUAAAAACAUGCCUAAGCCACGACAAAGUAUUCAAGGUAAAUGUUUUUCGUCUUUGUUUUGUAUUUUUUUACAUUUGUAGCUACGAAAUUGGCGUCACAAAUUUGAACGAAAUUUGCGAUGUAUUUUUCACCGUUUUGUGCUUGAAAUAUUUGCUAAAAUUGACUGGGAAUACUUAGAGUUUUCAUCGUAGAAUGGCGUGGUUACAUUUAUUUGCUCUUUGACUAAAAUGUUUAGCUGUAUUAUUGCUAAACAUGCCGUUUUUGAGAAUUUGAUUUUCAACUAGGUUGAGGCAUCCAACCACGCCAUCAAUCCCAGUAAAAACAUUAGGUCACGUCAGCUAGUUUCCUAUCCAUUUAUUUUAUUAUCCAUGCUAGUAAGUAGCUAAGAUCCUGAUAUUUGUGUGUAUUGGUGUUAUGUACUCAGGUGAAUAUGAUGUUUGUGAUGUUACUCUGAGUGUGCUUCCACUCCGGGCAAGCUGAAAAGUUAGCUUGGCCACGGUGGGAAUCGAACCGGCGACCUUUAAAACUCAGUUCCGAAAUAUCAUCAACCGACUUGACCGCGGGUUCUAUUCCCACCGUGGCCAAGCAAACUUUUCAGGUUGUCCAGUGUGGAUGCACACUCAGAGUUAACCUGAGUAUCAGGCCCUUAUGUUUUCAUUCGCCAGGAUAAAAUUGGCGGCGGCGAAUGAAGGAGGGCCUGAUACAAUUCUUUACCGCGCCGCAUGUAAAAAGCCAGAUUCUGGCUGUUUCGUCUGAUUGGCCGAUUAGACAAAAUAUUUUUUAAUUAGUCAUUUGAUUGGUUGGUGCUCAUUAGAUUAUACUAUUGUUGUUGAUAUAUUUUAUAAUGGUCACAACUACAAUCAUAGCCAGCCCACUAAACGGCUGAAUUUAAAUUAAAACUGCAGUAAAAUUAGAAAAUAAUCGCAAAUUAGCGAAAUAUAUUGCAAAUGUAGCUUAUAUUAAAUCUAAUUUGUGAUUAUUUUUGUUAAUUUUAUAAGUUCAUUGCAGUUUUAAAUUCAGCCGUUUAGUGGCUGUCUAUGCUAUAAUUGCAUUGUUGUUGUCGUUGUGUAAAAUUUAAAUUUCAUCUGCGACAUUUUGAUUGGAUACUAAAUAUAAACUUUGCUGUGGGUGGAAAGCGAUCAGGUUAAGGUUUGUGUCAGGCUCUAUUUGUAAAAUAGAGCCUGAUACUCAGGUUAACUCAGAGUAACGUCUCAAACCUACCUAAGAUCCUGUUUAUAUUUAUACGCCAAGAUUUUGCCUUUCUUUUUAGGUGUUAGCUCAAGUUCAUCCACCAAAGGCAAAAACGAUGACUCAUAUUCGUGUCUCAAACCUGUCAAGCCUAUCAAGAAAAGUGUACCGUUAAAGGGUUCAUUAAAAAUAGAAAAAAUUGGAAUAGAAAAAUGUAAGAAGCUUAAAGCCAUUCUUGGUCUUUUCUGUGAAAUUUAGAAAUUUUGUCUGGCGAAAAUCCACCACUUGUUCGUAUUUUGAAUUUUAGCGCGUCCUGUGGUGCCAACCAUAGCUUUUAACGUUUAAAUUAAGAAUGAUGUUAGGGCCACAGGGGUGUGGAACUGAAACGAUGAUAACAGGGCGGGGGACUCUUAAAAGGGGGUGGGUGAGAAGACGUGGGGUGAUAAGACGUGGAGACCGGAGAGGAUCUAGCAAUUCUUCAAGUACUAUAAUAGUUUAUAAUACAAAACAUAAUCCGAAGAUAAGCAUCUUGAAACCCAAAAUAUGAGUCAAACAAGAAAGUGAGUGAGUAAUGUUUCGAUUUUAUUACAAAAUCAUCAUCAGUCUGAUGAUGAUUUUGUAAUAAAAUCGAAAUAUUACUCACUCACUUUCUUGUUUGACUCAUAUUUUUGGUUUCAAGAUGCUUAUCUUCGGAUUAUGUUUUGUAUUAUAUUUUUUGAAAUUGUCGGCUGGUAUUGGUUUUUACUAUAAUAGUUUGGUUUGUGGAAACACCACGUAAAUUUUAUUACUACAAAGCUUUCGAUCCGUAAGCCCGGAUCUUCAUCAGUGCUAAUAAUAUGUGACUUGUUUAAUUCACACGCUCUUUUUAUAUACAAAAGUGUCGUGAUCUGUUGGCUCGCGUCAUUUGAGCCAACAGAUCACGACACUUUUGUAUAUAAAAAGAGCGUGUGAAUUAAACAAGUCACAUAUUAUUAGCACUGAUGAAGAUCCGGGCUUACGGAUCGAAAGCUUUGCAGUAAUAAAAUUUACGUGGUGUUUCCACAAACAAAACAAAGAACUUAUUACAGACCUCUUCAAGUACUGUUUUUUGAAGAACGGUCUUAACAUGAUAUAAAAGAUUCAGAUAAUACCGAAGCUAUUUCAUGUUCAAGCCACGUAAAUUUCUUGCCAUUAGAUCAUUUAUCAUAUCAUAUCAUUAUGUAAUGGUAAGAUCAUAAUAAUCAAGUGGAAAUUACUAAAGUCAUUACCACAUCAUUUAAACCCUACGGCAGCAAAGAAUUCUCUAGGUUAUGAAUAUGCAAUCUGCAAAAAUAUUGGUAGGUCAGCUCCCAAAUGGACAUGGAAUUUUUAAGGGGCUCAGUCCCCCAACUGAAAUACCAACAAGGAAAUCUACUUGGGGACCGUUGUAUAAAACUUUUGAAACUUUUAACUGUUUUUUAACCACUGUUUUGUAGUUAGAUAGUAGGCACCGUUACAUGCAGUUUGUUUACGAAUUAAGUUAGCACGCAUGCAUGUAAACCCAACAUGUUUCAAAUGGAGCAAAGAAAUUUAAACGAAAAGCAUUUGAAUUUAUUGUUUUGAGACCCAAGAUGCUUGGUUUUGCAAGCGGUACAAAAAAGUAACGGCGUUUGUGUUCACACGAAGCCGACGAGCGCUCCGUUUUCAUCUCGCUCCGUUUGGAAACCGUGCUCAAAUUGUUAUGGCGAAAGUGAUGUUUUCAAACACUUUCACUCUGGCGUAGUGUGAACGCGACGGCUUAUUGUGACGUUUCUAACCACUCGAGUGUUGUGUAAACGUUGUCUAAAUUUAUAUGCGUGUACGGUGUUUUAUAUUUUUACAUAUCAGCUGAAUCAUUUUCUUUGUACAUUAAUUAGGGACCGGUCAAGUGAUGUAAAAAAAACUAGUUACCCUUUCAAAGUUUCAGAUUUUUUCUCACCCACCUUGCAACUAAUGACUAUUAGUUUUUUUGACCCACCCCACCAAAAUUGAUUGCAGAAGAUCGAUAAAAUGCUAAAUGAGUGUACUUUUCUAUUUAAGUUUUUUUUUUAAAUUUUGUAAAUUUUAUUGAUGCUGAUGUUAUAAUCCCUAGUGUUUUUUUACCCAACCCCCCAUGGCUAUUCAAUUUUUUCUUAACCCAACCUUGGUCACUCGGCAUUUUUUCUUGACCCAACCAUUUUCUCUUUGGUCCCACCUCCACUAUUAAUAAUGACCGGUCCCUUAAUUGUUUAGUUGUCAAAACGAAGCAAGAUCCUAUCGUUAUAUCGGAUAGUUCAGAUGAUGACAGCUUGAAUGACGAUGAGCCUUUGGGACAUCGAUACUUACGAAAAAGGGCGGGAGGAGAAGGUAAUUGAUUGAAGGCAGAAUACUUGAUGGUUUAUAUAAGAUGAAACAUUCCGCGCAUAUUAACAUCUUUUAUUAUAUGGCAAGCAUCACUUUCGGUGAAAUGGCGAACUGUGAUUGGCUGAGAAGCUCUUUCAGCGGUGCAUUAUUUUCCCGUAAUGGAUCGGCGGUCGAUUACUGUACGUAGAAACAAACGGGUGCAUUUUAAAACAAAACAGCAAAACUAAUUGAAAAUUAUAAUUUAAUUUGUCAUUAAUAAUCCACGAAUGAUUUUUAGUGGAAAAGGAGGGACACAUUGGUUUUGUUUGUUUUUUUCUUCGACCAAAUGACAAUGCGUACCACGCUAGCUACUAAUAUGCAUUUCAAAUCAUGUAUUUCUUGUUUGUUUGAAAUAUAAAUGCCUAUAUAAAUGUCAUAUAAUAAACUUUUUAUUAGCCUCGUACAGAGAAAUAUGGACCUCGAUCUUUUUGUCAGGGGUCAGGGCUCAGUCUGUACAAAGAUAUUUCUCUGUACAGACCUCGCGUUCGGUUAAGAUAGAUAGAUGAUUUAUUCAGUUUUAAGUAAUGUUUACAACAUGAGCGGCCGUGUUGUAUCAGAUAUGUGUUGUAUCACAACUUAAAAAACGACUCAUCUUAUGAGUUCAUCGGCGAAGUAAUUUUAAAAAUAAACGUUGUCUAAGCCGAGAAAAUCAAAGUUAAAGUUUAUGUAAAUCAACAUGAAUCUGUAUCACAUAUACAGAUACGACACGCUUAUGAUUUUUCUUUGUGUUUUCUUCAUGAAUUAUUAAUGAGUUUUUUAAAAGACUUUACAGCUGAUAAUGGCUGAAUUACAAUUAUAAAAAUUUAAGAAACUUAAUGAUUAAAAAUAUUUACAGUUACUAACAAUAAAAGAAUUCGUAAACCGAUCAGUUUUGGCCUUUGGAACGUUAAGUUGCCUUUUACGUCUCAGUUGCUAUGAACAGUUAUUUUCGGAUGGUAGUAGAGAUCUCAGUAUACUGUUUAUAUCCAUGCAUGUUGAUAAGAAGUUAGUAAACUCAAGAUUGGAAAAAGGUCAUUAAAUUAAUUUCGCGGAAGUUUUCUGAUUUUCUAUAAAAAUCUAAACUACAUGGAACUUUCAAAACAUAAGGCAUAUAUACUGUUUAUACGCAUGCAUGCAUAUGGUUGGCAAUUUUGAGGUCUGCUGUGUUGGUGUAAUGUACUCAGGUGAAUAAGAUGCUUGUGUGAUGUUACUCUGAGUGUAUAUCCACACCGGGCAGGCUUGAAAAAUAUGCCUGGCCACGGUGGGAUUCGAACCUACGACCUUUGGAACACCAGCCCAUCACACAAAUUUUGAGGUCUUUGAAAAACUUACCCGUCAUGCAUGUUAUAUCCAAAUUGCACUCGAAACCAUGCUAUUACCUACACCUAAAAGGAACUUAUCAAAAUGCUGCAUUUUGCAGACAAACUGCCUUGCUAUAUAAUAUAAUAGAAUAGAAUAUCAUGUUUCCGUGAUGAUGGCUCUGGAAAAAUAGAUUUUUUGUUGCUUUUGCAGAAGAAUUUCCAGCUGAAUAUAAAAGAAAGUGUGUUCAGUCUGAGAAAAUGUUCGCCUUGGAUACUGACAAUAAGAGAACGGGUGAGUAUGGGUAUAGCCCACUGACUCAAAGCCAGAAUGAAUACAGCAACGUGGUUAACUUUUACCACAUAGGUUAAGUCGGGUGUAUAAAAAUGUAUAGUUAGCGUAAACUGCAGUUCAAAAGUAGUUAAAGUUAACUAUGCUCUAGGGCAGGGUUUUCAGUUCUGUGUGAAGCUCUGGCUAAUGGCGACGAAGCUAUGGCGAUAGAUAUUAUUUCUACCGAUAGAAUUUACAAAUUUGGGCGAGUACGCAUAAUAGAGACGUGACUAAACGUAAAAGCUCUGGCGAAUUUGGGUGGGGUUGAAUGAAAAAGUCUGGCGAAAUUCGCCGGCCUAAAUUGAAAACCCUGCUAGGGCAUUGUGAACAUCCUAAAAAGUAGUUCAAAAAUGGCGUUUGUAUGGGAGCAUUGAACUAUAAGUAAACUAAAACGAUAACUCCUAGGAGAAAGGCCUAUGUUUGGGUGAAGCCAAAAUUUGGGCGCUCAAGUACAACCUGUUCGCAGGCAUAUGUAUGUAUACGAAAAUAAAUACUGAAUUUUUCACGAAGUAUUUUUAUUAAUUUAAUCCUUAAUUUUAACAUAUUAAAGUACGUUUCUGGAUGUGUGGACAUCCAUUAACAACUGUAUCUAAGAUUUUUCUACAUAAAUUGUAUAAAAUUGUCUCUGGAAAGUCUAAAAACUCAGAAAAACCAUAAAUUUUCUUGCUUUUUUUUUUCUUCCGAAUUUCGUUUUGUUCGUGUCAUAUUUUGGCGGUUAAACAAUAUUUGCUCAUUUUUUUGCUAAGUUAAAAGCUGUGUUGUCUACGUGAGCUCUAGGAUAAAUAUAAAUGCCUUGAAGAAAGUACAAGUGAGUAAAUUUUAACGAUUUUUAAGCUAUAUUUUUCGCAUCCAUUUUGUAAAAAAGAACUGGGGCAACCUGCAGAAAACACUCGUGGCCGGCUUCAAAGAUGGCGGUCAACUUAUCGUUCCAGUUUACUUAUAGUUCAAUGUAUAGGAGUGAACAACAUUUUUUCACUAAAACAAUAAUGAAAAGUAACGCUCACCUGGGAUUUUCAAUCGCUAAAACAAUAAUGAAAAGUAACGCUCACCUGGGAUUUUCAAUCGCUAUCUUCAUUGUGAAUGUUUCCUGACAAUAUAAACUCUUCAAACGAUAUCGCUUUGGUUUUUUGGCGAAAACAGAAUAUAUUUUUGCACUGCAGGAAGAUUUCUCGAAGACGAAGUAGGGCGCAUUACACGGAGAACACUGACGUAUAAUUGCCAAACAGCGCUAGCUACACUUUGUUUCAACGUAUAUCUCUCAAGGAAAAACUGCCUGCUCUUUUAUUUUUGCCUUUUUUUAUUUUGUUUAGUUUUCACUAUUUUGAAUAUUUUAUUUAUUUUUCACGAGUCCACGAUCAUGUUAAAAUCCUUGUCAGUGGUCGUAUGUAGGUAUUACUUUAUGUAAUUUUGUUUUUAAACGCCCCACGCAAGCCCCAAGCAAGCCCCACGAACAGUUAACUACGUGAUUAGUUAACUAUCCGACUAACUACGUUUUGUGCAACGCAUGUAUGUAGUCAUGUAUUAAGUCAUGUAUGUAGUUAACUAACUACAGUUAAGGACUAGUUACGCUAACUGCAGUUAACCUUAACUGCGGUUUUAUAUAACCGCCCCCUGUAGAUUCGUUUGCGGUAGCCAAACCAAUACGCCGCCAAUGACUUCGUUUAUGUACAGCAGAUGCUCUAUCCAGUUUCGGUUUUUGAGAUCAGUGUUUGUAGUUGUAUGGGGACAAGACAUAGGGUGCCCAUCUUGAGUGUGUCAUCAAAACAUUUACAUUAGUUCAGUAAUUUUAGCUCAUUUUAAGGCCAAGGUUGGAAAAAAAUAGUAAAAAGCUAAAAAUUGUUAGAUGCAAUCAUUUAACUAUCCUGAACAAUAUACUAAAAGUCCCCAUGUAUCCUCUUGGAGCUUUUUCCAUUAUGACAAGGUUUUUUUCGAUUUCCCUAUUAUUUCCAUAUUGUUAAAAACGUGAAAUUUCAAGUUCACUCAUAACAAAAAUGACUCGCGUCACUAGUGAAAGCUCAUAAAAACUACAUAUAAGGCAUUUAAACAGUCACCUAAAUUUUUCAAGUGGUUUUCGAGUUAUUGCUGUUCCAAAUGUGAAAAAUAGGCCAAAAUCUGGCAAAAAUCGUGGGUACUAGUCUGACAACACGUUUCCAACAGCUAAUAACUCAAGAAGAACUUGCAAAAUCAAGGUAGCCGUUUAAAUGUCUUAUAUGUAGUUUUUUUGUAAUUUUUCUAAUGAUGUAACUUAUUUUUCCUAUAAAUGAAUCUGAAAUUUCACUUUUUUAACAAUAUAGGAGUUCACUAGGGAAAUGGAACAAAAACUUGUCAUAAUGGAGAAAGCUCCAAGAGGAUACAUGAGGACUUUUAGUAUGUUAUUAAGGUUGCUGAAGAGAGUACAUACGCCAAUUUUUUACUUUUUAGUAAUUUUUCUGACCUAUUUUCUAUUUUGAUUGUACUACAUGCCGUGUGUGCUGACGCAGAAAAUAAAUACUCAAUAGGCCAUUUGCAGAAUUACUGGAGUAUGUAAUAUCAUAAAAAUAUUACAUAUACUUACUAAUUCCACGUUUUAGUCAGAAACGUAAAAAUACAACCAUACGAUGGUAUAUCUAAAUAUUUUUGGCCAUUUUCAGGGAACAUAUCAAUAAAAUAUACACAGUAAAAUACAGGCGACAAAUUUCGAUCACAUCAACAUUACUUUUUGUGAUGCCAAUUUCUUGAUUACGAAAGUGAAAACAUUUACCUCGAAUACUUUGCCGUGGCACAGGCAUGUUUUAAUAUAGCUACUUCAAUGAUUAAAGUGAAACGAUUAAGGUUACAGAACACCUUUGAGUGUUAAUUUUGCGUAAAAUUGUUUUACUGGUUUCUAUGAAAGCAUUAGACUAGUCCUACUAUCUGACAAAGUUUGAGCGAAAAGAGUUGAAAACUCGCAGAGUUGUUUGAUAAAAUACAUUUUGCGGCAAUAAGAAAAACAUUGAAAAUGUAAUAUUCAAAUUCAAUUUUCUCCUGAAACAUUUUACGGCAAUUACUGAUUUUCAAACGAGUUAUUCUCCUGCGGGUUUUAACGAAUUUUUUUCAAAUUUUCAGAAAUAUAUUGCAGUCGUCAAAGAAAUCGCCAUAUCAGCGGAAUGACGAAAUAAACAAAAAUUUCCGAACACUAUUUUUUAGAACAACUAUUUUACUGUAUAAAAAUGAUAUUUUCAUAAAUAUAUCCUAAAACCAGCAGGAACACAACUCAAAAGCGUAAAGGUACCGCGAUUUAAGAUUUUCCUGAAUAAUUCUUACAUUAUUUUAUUCUUUGUCAAUUUUACAACUUUACCAUAUUUUGCAUGCACUGGCAAACAUUUGGUGAAAAUUUGAUGAAAAUCGGACUGAUUUUAAGCGCGCAGUAGCGAUUUUCCGCAAAACGCCAAAAAGGGUGUCCUGUAACCUUAAUUAAACAAAGUUAAAAUUUGACAAGUUCUUAGGAUCUACACUUUAUAAGAAAGUUUUUCUGUAAAAGUGAAACAGUUUUAAUGGAAGUUCCGAAAGAAACCUUGUAGUAACUGUAAUGACGGGUAAAGCUGGAUGAGUCGUACAGUCAUAGUUUACAAAUACACUAAUACACACUGGGGAAAAAAUGUAAAAUCCGUACUAUGAAAUUUACAAUUGCACCACGAAAUCCAUAGUAUAUUCAUGCUAUUUCUAUACUAUAGAUCCAUACUAUAGAAAUAUACAAUUAUUGUGGAUCAUCAAAAUCCAUUCUAUUUCCAAUAAAGGUCCAUAUAAUUUCCAUUCUGUGACCUUAUGUGGAUUUUCAAUUUUUUUUCCGGUGACAUAUGCACAGUACAGCGAAGGUAGUUAUUAAGGUUACAGAACACCUUUGAGGGUUAAUUUUGCCUAAACAUUUUUUAUUGGUUUCCAUGAAAGCGUUAGACUAGUUCUACUAUCUGACCAAGUUUGAACGAAAAAUGUUGAAAACUCGCAGAGUUAUUUAAUAAAAUACAUUUCGCUGCAAUAAGAAAAACAUUGAAAAUGUAAUAUUCAAAUUCAAUUUUCUCCCGAAGAAUUUUACGGUAAUUACUGAUUUUCAAACGAGUUGUGCUCCUGCGGGUUUUGACCAAUUUUUCUCAUAUUUUCACAGCACAUCGCUAAAGACGUCAGUUUCAAAAUUGUGUUCGGCUUUGUUCUAAUUUUGGAUAUUUUAAUAAUAAAGAGCAAUUCAUUCAAACAAUUCAGAAAUAUAUUGCAGUCGUCAAAGAAAUCGCCAUAUCAGCGGAAUGACGAAAUAAACAAAAAAUUCCGAACACAAUUUUUUAGAACAACUAUUUUACUGUAUAAAAAUGAUAUUUUCAUAAAUAUAACUUAAAACCAGCAGGAGCACAACUCAAAAGCGUAACGGUACCGCGAUUUAAGAUUUUCCUGAAUAAUUCUUAUAUUACUUUAUUGUUUGUUAAUUUUACAACUUUACCAUAUUUUGCAUACACUGGCGAACAUUUGGUGAAAAUUUGAUUCAAAUCGGACUGAUAUUGAGCGCGCAGUAACGAUUUUCCGCAAAACGCCAAAAAGGGUGUCCUGUAACCUUAAAUUAAUGCAUAUUAUGUUAAUGCAUAUAUUUUUGUGUUUAGAUACUAUGAAUAUAUCUUUCGUGAACAUUGACAACGUCACUUCGAUACCUGAUUAUGUUGAUUAUGGUGGUCACUUAAAAUCCGUAGAUUUGAGCAAUCAGUUCGAUACAGUGGAAACUGACCUCAUCGCCAGCAACAAUGAUGACGUAGGUGAUAGUGACGUAGAUUUUGAUGACACUACAGAUCAUAACAUUAGCUCUGAAUCUCGAAAACGAAAGAUUAAAUCCAGGACGGUAUCCGAUGAAGAGGCUUGCAUGAGCUCAGGUGAUGAAUUGAUGACAACACAUGUGUUUUCGCCUGGUGUAAGCUGGCAAAAUGAACACGAAGUAGAUGACUCACAACGCGAAGAAACACUUGCAACUGUAAUAUCACGAAUUAAGAGUGAAGUGAACGAUUUUCAAGACGUAGGAACACUUGUAGCUGUUAAACCUGAAGUGGAGGAUUCACAAUACGAAGAAACAAUUGCAAAUGCCAGAUCACGAGCUAAACACGAAGUGGAGGAUGUACCGAACGAAAAAAUACUUUCAACUGUGAGAUCAGGAGUUAAAUAUGAAGUGAUGGAUUUUCAAGAUGAAGAAACACUGGUAACUGCUAGAUCACGAGUUAAACAUGUAGUGGAGGAUGUACCGAACGAAGAAACAUUUUCAUUUGGAAGAUCACGAGUUAAACAUGAGGUGAUGGAUUUUCAAGAUGAAGAAACACUGGUAACUGUUAGAUCACGAGUUAAACAUGAAGUGGAGGAUGUUCCAGACGAAGAAACAUUUUCAUUUGGAAGAUCACGAGUUAAACAUGAGGUGAUGGAUUUUCAAGACGAAGAAACACUUUUAGCUGCUAGAUCACGAGUUAAACAUGAAAUGGAGGAUGUACCAGACGAAGAAACAUUUUCAUUUGGAGGAUCACGAGUUAAACAUGAGGUGAUGGAUUUUCAAGAAGAAGAAACACUUUUAGCUACUAGAUCACGAGUUAAACAUGAAGUGGAGGAUGUACCAAAGGAAGAAACAUUUUCAAUUGGAAGAUCACGAGUUGAACAUGAGGUGAUGGAUUUCCAAGACAAAGAGACACUUACAAAUGUGAGAUCACGAGUUAAACAUGAAGUGGAGGAUGUACCAAAGGAAGAAACACUGUCGACUGGAAGAUCAGGAGAUGAACGGGACCAAUUGCAAGACAAAGAAACGAUUGCAACUGGGAGAUCACAAGUUAAGCACGAAGUGGAGGAUUUGAAAUAUAAAGAAACACUUGCAAUCAUCAGCCCGGGACUUAAACAUGAGUUGUUGAAUUGUCAAAAUGAAGAGACAAUUGCCACUGUGAGAUCACGAGUUAACCCGAACGAAGUGAAGAAUUUACAACACGAAGAAACACUUGCAAAUGCGAAAUCACGAGCUGCAACUGAGUUGAAGGAUGCAACAAACAAAGAAACGCUUACAACUGUGAAAUCACUUGACAAACACGAAGCGAAGGAUUUACAACACGAAGAAACACGUGUUGGAAGUGAAUUGAAGAAUUCGCCAAACGAAGAAACACUUGCGACUGUGAAAUCACGGGAUAAACACGGAGUAAAAGAUAUACUACCCAAAGAAUCGAUGGCAAAGAAACGAAAAAUAAACGGUGGAGAGAUGGCAACAAGUGGUUUCUCUGUCGGUACUUUGCUGUCAAAUAUCAAAACAUCGCGAAACACUGACAAUGUUGACGUCAUGCCCAAAAGAAAAGUUGCGCAAGUUCCCCAAAUAAAAGCUUCUUUGAUUAAAACAGUCAAUGCACCUGUGCCUGUUAAGCAAAGUCCGGUAACAAACAAGAAACCAGUGGAGACAAAACCAAGCAAACCGCUGACGAUGGAAGAACUAUACCACGUGGUAAUUAUAGAUUGCUUAGAUUCAAUACAAACAACGAACGAUAAGGAGCUGUUUUUUAUGGGGCGAGCCAGUCCGGGUACCCGAGAUGGCUCGGUCUUUGCGAGACCCUGCCUUUGUUAUCACUUCCUGUUAAAUUUCAUCUUGCGUUUAUAUGGGAACCAAGCUAGCCCGCCUAUAAGCGAGAUCCUGCCUCGGCCGGGAUCUCAAGACCUCCAUAAAAACAGCCCCUAAAGGACAUCGGCAAUAUAUUUUAAGGUGAUUUAGUUCGAAUUCCGUAGUAGAAUUUAUUUUACACUUUUUUAACAUAUGUCUUAGUUUUCACAAUAUUUCAGUUUGUUUGAUAUGUAAAUGAACUGAAUCUAUAAGGACAUAUGCAUAUGCAUGGCACAAUUUUGAAAUGCUGAACAUUUCGGACAGCAUUGUAUAAUAACUAUUUAAAGCUUCAACAAAUUUUCAGAUUGGAAAACCGAAUAUGCAAUUGUAAGAAUUUGAAAGAAAACAGACAGUAAAGGCUAUGAUUUCACGUUCUUUUUUUUACAUAUCAAGCAAACUGGAACAUUUUGAAAACGAAGACAGAUUUUGAAAUAGUGAAUAAUGAUGAUAUAUUGUAUUAUUAACUAGAUCAACUCAAAAUUCAUUGCCAAUGUGCUCAGGAGUAAAAAUAAAACUAUGCUACAAUUCGCUUUAGCACAUUUUUUCCCAUUCAGUAUAAAAAAAUUCGGCAAUUUUGAAAUGACCACUAAACUGAAUAUUGCACAACUGUUGCAAAAAUGUAUGUGAAUAUGGGUGAUUUUUUGAACACUAUAUUCUUUCUUGAAAUAAAACUCCCGAGUGCGAAAGGCCUGUUUAAUAACAUUAAAAAUAAUUUGUGCAUAAAACUUUUUCUAGAUUUUAAAAUGGGAUCCUACCAUGUUGAUGAAAAAUUUUACUCCAGACAUACGAAACUGUGGCCAAGUGAGGCUGAUUUAUGAAACCAUGGAUGAUUAUUACAACGUAUUUAAACCACUUCUAUUCUUGGAGUGCUGGGCUCAGGUAAUGCUAAGAGAGGACUAAAGACCAACCUCGUUUCCAGGGUCAUCCCUCUUGGAAAAAGCCAGUAUACGGGGUUGCAAUGCUGUGGCACAGAAUAGGAGCCUUCUUGGUUUUUGCAAUGCUGUUGCCAUGUUCCUGGCCAGUGCGCUCACGAGAGGAUUUCCAAGGUGUUUCGAUCAACAAAUUCCUUAAGUUUUCUUAUAGCUCCAAUACCUGACGAUAUCUUACUAGUACUAGUAAUGAAUUCAAUAUGUUUCCUCCAAUUUAAGUUCUCGUCUGAACUCCAAGCACUUAGACAGGUUUCACUCUUUUGAUCGACUGGCUAUCGAUCUUAAUUCCAGGUUGGGCAUACGUAUCAUUCAUCUUAUGCCGUGAUCCGAUCAGAACGUACUCUGUUUUCGUAAUAUUUAAACAAAGUAUAUUUGCAGACAUCCACUUUCCUGAGGAAAUACCACAAGCUAUUUUUUUCUGAUAUGAAAGCAUUACUUCUAACUGAUAUUUUUGUGUUCUAUGUGUCAGAUAGCAACGUCACAUCCAUAAGCGCUUCUUUUCCAAAUUCAUACAUUUGAAACUUGCGCAAAAGUAUUACACCAGGUAAAACAAAUAAAAAAUUCUCUUGUAGGCUCUCCGAGAGUGGCAAAAUAAAUCGAGGCAUAAUUUCACUUGUGUGGUCAAAACCAUCAAAGAAUUUGUCAAUAAUUUCUUGCUCGUCAUAUGUCAUCAACGCGUCUGUACCAAAAGUAAUUGCGAUGAAAAACGUUUAAGAGAAAGUGACUUGAUCAUAGUGAAGAUGAAAGAUGAGAAACUGAGACCACUGUUUGCUAUAGUGGAUAGUGUUAAACAGGAGCGCAGUUGUCGGAAGCCUGGUGACGAGGGAAAUAGUGGUAAGUUUCGGUAAUCGUUCCAUGUUUCGCGCACCAAUAUAGUAAACGUCAUGUAAUGCAUGGAUACUAUCGUGUACUGCAAAGACAACUGGAUACCUACAUAUAUAUAUAUAUAGAAUUUCGCUUACCUCAAAAUUCCGCAACAGUCUGUUUCAUCAGUAAAGAAUCAUGAUGAUUCUUUACUGAUGAUGAUUCUUUACUGAUGAUUCUUUGCUGAUGAAACAGACUGUUGCGGAAUUUUGAGGUAAGCGAAAUUCUACAUUUGCUCUAUCUUUAUGAUAGUAUUCUACAUUUGCUCUCUCUCUCUCUCUCUCUCUCUAUAUAUAUAUAUAUAUAUAUAUAUAUAUAUAUAUAUAUAUAUAUAUAUAUAUAUAUAUAUAUAUAUAUAUAUAUAUAUAUAUAUAUAUAUAUAUAUAUAUAUAUAUAUAUAUAUAAUAUAAUAUAAUAUAAUAUAAUAUAUAUAUAUAUAUAUACCCUAACCCCUAACCCUAACCUAUAUUGGUGCGCGAAACAUGGAACGAUAACCCAAGUUUCAAUCUCGAACUCUGAGCCUGCAAUCCUCUGUGGAGGCUUGCUGAGGCUCUUGGAAGCACCAGCGAAAAUCGGACUCUGAUUGGCUGUUUUUUAAUUGUUCGUACCCAUUUCUUUGACACUGAUUCCGUGCUAAUAAUUAUUCAAACUGUAACACUAUUUAGUGAUCAAACAUAGUUUAAUGAAUAAAAAGUUUUAUUUCUGUUUGUAUAUUGUGCUUAAACAUAUUAUAUCAAUAAAACACACAAUAUAACUUUAAUAAACUUAUUCAGUUAUUUCCUUCGCUUCUCAUAUGAAUCAAUGGACUAUUCUGAUAUUAUGCCAAUAACAGAACUGUAUAAUACGAACAGUGCGGCAUUACCAUAUAAAGUCAUGAAAAACCGUUGCUUGUAAUAUCAAAAUCAGCAUUACUCUCGAAGCUAGCAACACAACAAUCCAUGAUUUACCAUAUGCAAACCCCUGGCAAGUGCUCUUUGAAGAAUUAAAGUCGUAUCAAAACCCUGGCAAGUGUUCUUUGAAGAAUUAAAGUCUUAGUAAAUUGAACAAUGGCACAAUUCAUGUUUGGCGGCAGCAAUUUUCAUUUAUAAAUGUCGAGCGGGGUACUGGAUUCAAAUGUACUGAUUUUCGUGCAAAAUUCACUGGUGUUUCCCAGAGCCUCAGCAAGCCUUCACAGAUGAAUGCAGGCAGAGUCUCUUAGAGAAAAUCAGGGGCCUGGGCAAAUUUUUAUUUCGGGGCCCCUAUUUUUCUCUAAAAAUGUUGGCUAAAAUUUUUUUCUCAUACCAUUAUUUAUAAAAAACAUUUUUUAAUUACACCUUUUGUGCCCCCCUCCCUUUUGCAAAUUUUGGGGGCCCCUUUAAGGCUCGGGGCAAAUUACCCCCACCCCCUCUCUCUGAGAGGCCCUGAUUGCAGACAAAGGCCUGUUCAUAUGAGCCAGGUGGGACAUAGCUUUUACGUCCCACCUUACGCAAGGUUAGGUCUCACCUAGCCAGGCUGGUAGUUUCUCAUAUGAACCCGAAUUUACCAUGUUGUAAUUUUGCGAUCUAAAUUGUGUUAUUCCUAUAUAGAUAUGCAAUACUUCGAUCUGAGCAUUACUCUCCGACUGAUACCGAAAGAACGCGGGCUGCUUGUUCACGAGACCAUACGUUGUGAUGUCGUCACGUCAUUAGUUACAACAUUACGUCAGUGGCGAGGGAUGAUGUUUUUCCCGCGUAGUCUCUUGGCCCGAGAUAUGUUGCAGCCUAGGAUCGACAAAUGUUGCAACAAUAAAUUUCAUACUGGAAAGACUGCUGGCGAACAGGU